ACGUGACCAUAUUACCAUAAUAGAGUAAAGAACUUUUGCAAAUUACGUAUAAAAAAAACGCCAUAAGAAUAUACAUCUAGUGACAUCUAGUGAUACCGGUCUUAAAUCGCAUGUACCAUUUUUUACUGUAUCGAUAGGUAUGUUUUAAUUGAUCCAGGUAAAUCAGAUCUAUUGUAGACAACAGCAUGUGUGUGCAAUGAGCUGUCACAUUACGAAUGCCGAUGAAAUCGCGUAUGUAAUCAGUCGCGACAAUUUUCUAUGAUAAUGGGAUUAUCUUUUAUACGUAUAUCAAGUUCUCGUGACAGUAUGUCAAAUCCAUUAUCUUAGAAUUGCUCAUAAAACUAACAGUUGUAGCAUUUAUAACCUUAAUUGCGUGACAUGUGAGGUUUAAACAUAAAUAAACUUAAAUAUUAAUGUAGUUAUAAAAUAGCAACAAUGUCUGACAAUUUAUCAAAUGAUGAGAAACCUGAUAAUAAUACUGUACUACAUAUGACUUCUCAUGAUUCUGAAUAUGACGAUGCAUUGGGAGUACCAGAUUCUUUGGAGAUCACUAUUAAUGAAAAUGAUGAUACCAUUAAUGUUGAAAGUAAAGAAGACACUGAUAAUAUAGAACGUCUUGGUGUAAAACCUUUUCCUGCCAUACAUGAUGUACCAAACAAAAUACAAAAUCAAAGCCACAAUGUGUUUGUUCCUGGAGAGGAAGUGCACGUAAAAAUCAUAGAUAUUGAACGUAGUGUAACUACUCAUCCCUUAAACCCAAACUUAUACACCAUAGAAUUUACGCAUGGUCCAUUUACUUGGACAGUUAAGAAACGGUAUAAAGAUAUUCAAUAUUUACAUAACCAAUUGAAGAUAUACCGAGCCAGUUUAGACAUACCUUUCCCAACUAAACGCCACAAAGAAAGAAGAAGCAGUUUGAAAAGUUUAGGAGAUGUAAAAGAGAAAGGGACUCGUAAAGGUGCACUGCCAAGAUUUCCCAAUAGGCCUGAUGUUCUAGUACCUUAUGAACAAUUAGAACAGAGGAAGAGAGCAUUAGAAGAUUAUUUAACCAAUUUGUUGAAAAUAAGAAUUUAUCUGCAUCAUCCUGAAACUAUCGAAUUUUUAGAAGUCUCAUAUUUAUCCUUCAUAGGAGAUUUAGGUAUGAAAGGUAAAGAAGGAACUGUUUUAAAGCGGACUGGAUCAGGUGCGAGAAGUAGAUAUAAUUUUUGUGGCCUUCUCCAAAGCAUGUGUUGCGUCAGAUGCAGUCGGUUUUGUACAUCAUUGUGCGCGAAAUGGCACUCGCGACAUCUUAUUGUGAAAGAUACUUUCGUUGCCUAUAUUAGGCCUAAAGACGGUAGCAUUAAAUCGGUCAUUUUAAUGGACAAUGGUUUCGGAAUUAGUUUUGGCAUGUAUACGACAGGUUUAAGGACUGGUAUGCAAAUAGUUAAUCUUAGUAGGCAUAUAGUUAUCAAAUGUUGGACCAGAAGAAAAGCUAAGGAAUGGAUGGAGUUCAUACAAGAAACUAGUAAUAAAGAAGGUCGAGAUUUUACACAGAGAAAUCCACAUAAUUCGUUUGCACCUUAUCGUUCACCCGUGCCAGCUACUUGGUUUGUCGACGGGGCAAACUACAUGUCCGCUGUUGCGGACGCACUAGAAAAUGCCAAGGAAGAAAUUUUUAUCGCGGAUUGGUGGCUAUCACCUGAAAUUUACAUGAAACGACCAGCGAAUAAUAGUGACUAUUGGAGGCUAGAUAAAAUUUUACAAAGAAAGGCGGUUGAAGGGGUGAAGGUAUUUAUAAUGAUCUACAAAGAAGUGGAAGUUGCACUAGGCAUAAACAGCUUCUAUAGUAAGCAACGGCUAGUUGAGAAAUGUCCGGAAAAUAUAAAAGUACUGCGUCAUCCGGAUCAUGCGAGAGUGGGAAUAUUUCUUUGGGCACAUCACGAGAAAAUUGUGGUCGUUGAUCAAAGUAUUGCCUUUCUUGGUGGCAUUGAUCUGUGUUAUGGUAGAUGGGAUAAUAACGAACAUAGGUUAAUCGAUUUAGGAUCAACUCAUCAUUCUAGCAUUUACAUUCCGUCCAAAGGAAAAUUCACAAAUACUAGCAGCAAGAAGGUCUCAAAGUGCAUUACUCAAAAACAUGUCUUACUGCCAUUAGCUAUUGCAACUAACACGGUCGUAAUGGCUACUACAAGAUCUAUACCCGUAUUACCAAUGAUGAGUAGUAAAAGAUCCAUGCCAACAACGUUAUCGCUACUGCAACCUGAAGAUUUAAUGCUACAGCCACCCGAAGAUUUUGAUGCUAUGAAAUGUGAUACUCCAAAUGCGGAGCGAAAAAAUUUGUUUGGCAUAGCGAAAGAUACCAUGGACAAAGUGAAACAGAACAUAAAGUUAAAAAGACAGGAAUUGAUUAACAUGGUAUACAAUCCACAUGAAGCUAGUAGCGAUGAAGAAGAUGAAAGCAGCGAUACAGUGCAAGUUCCGAUUGAAAAUAUUGAACCAAUGAUAUACGCGGAAGAGGAUGUAUCCUCGGAGUAUCAAGGAGUGGCUAAACUGUGGCUUGGAAAGGAUUAUACAAAUUUUAUUGUGAAAGACUUUAACGAUCUUGAGAAACCCUAUCAAGAUUUAAUAGAUAGAAGUACGACACCUAGGAUGCCAUGGCAUGAUAUUGGAGUUAUGAUGCAAGGACCAACUGCUAGAGACAUUGCUAGGCACUUUAUCCAACGAUGGAAUGCAAUUAAAAUGGAGAAAGCCAAACUAAAUGCAUGCUACCCAUUUCUACUUCCUAAAUCGUAUAGGGAAUGUAAAACCAGUGCGCCAUUUGUUGACCCAGAAUCUGUACAUAAUGUUAAAUGCCAAGUAUUAAGAUCUGUUAGCUCCUGGUCUGCGGGCUUUCUGGAUUCACGAACAUUAGAGCAGAGCAUACAGGAAGCGUACAUAGACGCAAUCAGUAAAGCAGAAAGGUACAUAUACAUAGAGAACCAAUUUUUCAUAACACUUGCAUCCAUGGAGCAAACUGCUGUAAAGAAUCGUAUCGGAGAAACUUUAUUGAAACGAAUUUUGAGAGCACACAGAGAAGGUGCAGUGUUCAGAGUAUUUGUAAUAAUGCCUCUGUUGCCUGGUUUUGAAGGAGAAGUUGGAGGACCAACUGGCACCGCGUUACGCGCGAUAACGCAUUGGAACUAUGCUUCCAUAUCUAGGGGUAAAGAUGCUAUCCUAAAUCGACUAAUUGAGGCGGGAGUAGAGGACCCUAGCGAAUACAUUACAUUCCACGGUUUAAGAGCGCAUGCAAUGUUAAACGGUACAUUGGUGACCGAACUGAUUUAUGUUCAUAGUAAGCUAUUAAUUGUAGAUGACAAUACAGUCAUUUGUGGAUCGGCUAAUAUCAAUGACAGAAGUAUGAUAGCGACGAGAGACAGUGAGAUUGCGGUGAUAAUUCACGAUCAAGAGUUUGAAGAUGGAAGAUUGAACGAUAUACCGUUCCCUUGCGGUAAAUUUGCGGGCUCGUUACGAAAACAAUUAAUUAGUGAGCAUUUAGGAUUGUUCAAAACAAAUGAAGACAUAGAUGUAACGGAUAUAAUUAAGAAAUCAUUCUAUAGAGAUGUGUGGUGUGCUAGAAGUCAUAGAAACACGGAAAUUUUUGAAGAAGUAUUUCACUGCAUUCCUACAGAUAAGGUUGUUAAUUUUUCCAUGUUGAAGCAAUAUCAAGAUGAAGAAGCGCUUAGUUUAUCAGAUCCACUCUUGGCUCAAGAAAUGGUUGAAAAUAUUAAGGGUCAUUUGGUGGAUUUGCCAUUAAAGUUUUUAUGCAAUGAGGAUCUGAAACCUGCCGCUAGCACAGUAGAGGGCAUAAUGCCAACAGCAUUAUGGACAUAAAUAUUUAUAAUUCAGAUUCAGUAGCAUUUUCAUGAAUAAUUUAAUGCUGUUGAUGUGAAAUGUUUGAUUAACCAAAGUACAACAGAUUGUAUGGUAUUUAUGAUCAAGUAUUUUAUCAUGCCUCCUGAGAAUUAUAAAUGUCUACUUACAAUGAAUUAAGGUUGCUAAGUUUUCUACAGUACUAGUAGUCGGAAUCAGUAUGCAAAUUAUAAUGUUAGGAAUGUAAAUAUUUUUUAAUUUGACUUUUAAUUAAAUCUUAAUCUCGGUAUUAUUGAAACCAGUCUUUACAUUAUAAACAAUGUAUUAAAUUCAAAUUUGUGCAAACAUUCCAAUCAAAUCUACCUCUUCUGUAGAAAACAAAAUGAUAUUGGUAUUAACGUAGGAAAUGUACUAAUUAUAGAUGAAUUUUUUGCUCGAAUCGUUUCGGACAAAUUUUUAACACUCAACCAUGUUUCGCGACAGUCGAUAAAGUUUUUAAAAAUAUCUGAAUGUGCCUUUUAAUAAGUUGAUUUUUAUGUCACAAAUUCUAUUUUGUAUUACUAUUUAUUUGUAUUAAGCAAUGCAUGAAAUAAAAGAAUGUGCGAAGUUGUAUUACACGUUGAA